CGGAUGAGCACCCUUCCCUUCCUCUUCUUGGCCGGGCUGCUGUGUCUUCCUUCCGGCUUGCCGAAGAAAGUUGAGGAGGGUUCAGCGGCAACUGGGCUUUUACACAAUGGACAGCCAGGGAAGGAAAGUAGUGGUCUGUGACAAUGGAACCGGGUUUGUCAAGUGCGGCUAUGCAGGCUCCAACUUCCCAGAGCACAUCUUCCCUGCGCUUGUUGGGAGGCCCAUCAUCCGCUCCACAGCCAAAGUGGGAAACAUUGAGAUCAAGAAUUCCCAGAAGAUGGACUUGAUGGUGGGAGACGAGGCCAGCGAGCUGCGCUCCAUGCUGGAGGUGAACUACCCCAUGGAGAACGGCAUUGUCCGGAACUGGGAUGACAUGAAGCACCUUUGGGACUACACCUUCGGCCCGGAGAAGCUCAACAUCGAGUCUCGCAACUGCAAGAUCCUGCUGACCGAACCCCCCAUGAACCCCACCAAAAACCGGGAGAAAAUCAUCGAGGUGAUGUUUGAGACCUACCAGUUUGCAGGAGUCUACAUCGCUAUCCAGGCUGUCCUGACACUGUAUGCCCAGGGCCUUCUGACUGGUGUGGUGGUGGACUCGGGCGAUGGUGUGACACACAUCUGUCCAGUGUAUGAGGGUUUCAGUCUGCCCCACCUGACACGACGUCUGGACAUCGCAGGCAGGGACAUCACCCGCUACCUCAUAAAGCUGCUGUUGUUGAGGGGCUACGCCUUCAACCAUUCUGCAGACUUUGAGACGGUUCGCAUGAUGAAGGAGAAGCUGUGCUACGUGGGCUACAACAUCGAGCAGGAGCAGAAGCUGGCUCUGGAGACCACUGUGUUGGUGGAGUCUUAUACGCUGCCAGAUGGCCGUGUGAUCAAGGUGGGAGGAGAGCGCUUUGAGGCCCCUGAGGCUCUGUUCCAGCCCCACCUCAUCAACGUGGAGGGCGUCGGAGUGGCCGAGCUCCUCUUCAACACCAUCCAGGCCGCUGACAUAGACACCAGGCCUGAGUUCUACAAACACAUCGUGUUGUCGGGAGGAUCCACCAUGUACCCAGGGCUGCCGUCCCGACUGGAGAGGGAACUGAAGCAGCUGUACUUGGAGCGCGUGCUCAAGGGAGACGUGGACAAACUUUCGAAAUUUAAGAUCCGGAUUGAGGAUCCUCCCAGGCGAAAGCACAUGGUGUUCCUGGGUGGAGCGGUGCUGGCCGACAUCAUGAAGGACAAGGACAACUUCUGGCUGACCCGGGAGGAGUACCAGGAGAAAGGAGUCCGCGUGCUGGAAAAACUCGGAGUCACCGUCAGAUAAAGCACCGGGACGGACAGAACAGCCGCACACCUGAAAACACAGAUUCACAAACACACAUUUCCUCCAUUCGCCCUUAUUGCAGAGUUUAUAUCUAUUUAUCCCUCUUUUUUUUUCUUUUUCCUAAAUGUAUCAGCUGCUCUUGAAUUUUCCUCAAACAUCUGAAAGUAUCAAGAGUUUACCUCUCUCUCUUCCCCUUCCUCUUCUCUUCUCUCCUCCUUCCUCUUUUCCUUUCUUCUCCUGUUCGAGGAUUGGCUCAAAACUGGUCUAGGAAGCCUCCCACAACCCCGCGAAGUAACUUCCUGCUUCGUGAUUUGAAAUGUUUUAUUUUUACUGUGUUUUUGUUUGUUUUUUUCCAUGGUGGAGAUGCUCACCUGGUAAAUGGGUCAUUCCACCAGCUUCAGGCCUUUUAGGAGGAUUAAAACGAUGCAAAGUCUCAAACUCAUAACGUCGCAUUCACAGCCCAUCACAAACAGCCACGGCCGCUUUCAGCAUCUGUUAUAGGCGAGCGCGAACUGAUCACAUUUUUUUUUUUUAAUAUAUAUAUAUAUAAAUAUAUAUAUAAAU